UCGCUGCUCUAAUUCGCCUUUUGCAGUAGAUAAACAGCAUCAAAGUUCCAGACAGGACUUUCAAAAAGCUGUUAAGCAGCUUCGUGUCAUGGAUUUGCAAGAAAAUUUGCCUUAGCGUUUUGUUGUCAAGUAAGACUACAUAACCUCAAAAAAAAAGGCGCGCUAUCACACUUGUCAGGCAUGGAUUGUGUGAAUGUGUUGGUGUGUUGGGUUGAUGUGAGCUUUCUUCUGAUAUUCAUUCUAUUUGCCCUGAUGUCUCGAUGUAACAUCAAAUAGCUAUAAAAAUAAAUUCACCCAUCCGAAAUCAUCACAACAUUGCAACCACAUAGACAAACUGCAGAUAUUCGUUGAGUCUCAGAAAUUCCUGGAACAAAACCAACAAUGUAUUUCCAAACGACAACCCGUACCAUUCAGGCAGAACACACAGGGCAGAAAGGCAGCAGAAAAUCUACGGCAUACGUAUCUAUUUCCAUCAUCAUAAAUAUAGUCUGGAAAAUGCCUUUUAACAUCGUUGAAACUGUAGAUGGUAGAGGCCACAAGGAGCUGUUGGCCGUCCCUGAAACAUGGAUUCAAGGAACAAGCAAAGGGAUAAAUUACCUUAUGUGGCCAAACGUCCGGCGAGCCGAUAGUUUAAACGCGCUUUUACUAGAUGAUUCAAGCAUGCCUUCUAAUUCAUGGGAGAGAAUAAUGUGCAAGAUAAAACGUACAGGACUGGAAACAAUCGCACAAGCUAAUCGCAUUAUACAGGAUAUGUGUUUGGUUUCAUCAACGGAUUGUAGUGUUGUGCACGAAGAAAAGUUAUGCAAACCUAGAAAGACGAAGCAACAUGCUUUCAAACCAGACAACAGAUUUCAACAAAUGUUAGUUGAGGAACAGCCAAAAGAAGAGAGUAACGAGGCCAUAGAAUGCUUGAAUGAAGACAAUUCAAUAGAAUUUGAGGAAGAGGAAUAUUUGGAAAAGGAUGAAACUAGCAGUGAAGUUGACCAACUUAAACUACACGAUUCGGAACCUGCAAAUCUCAGUACGAAUGAUCGCUUGGAUAGAUUAGAAAAUACUUUGUUUAUUGUAUUAUCAAAAUUAAAUAUUCUUGCAGACAAAACAGUGAUUACCACACCUGAACUUUCUCCUAGUAUUGACGAACGAUUGGAAAAAUUAGAAAGAGCAAUGUCUACAGUUUUGGCGAAAUUGGAUAUUCUUCUAGAUAAAACAGUUAUUCCGGUAUCCAUGCGUCGCAAGAGAAAUGACAUAGGAUUUCAAGUGGUCAGUAGCAUAGAAGAGCUGUCAAUUUUAGAAUCAAACUUGGCCCAACCAGAUUAUUUCAAUGAAGUUUCGUCAUGGUUAGAACAUAACAUAUGGGAAAUCACCCCCGAAAAUAGGAUGAUAGAAAUUUUGGAUCUAAUUUUUUCAAAAAAAUUUUUGACCCUCUGUAGUUGGACCGGCAUAGGUAAGGGAAAAGAAAAAGUUCCUAUGAUGACACAUAAAAAUAUUCUUGAAUUAUUUAGACUUCAUGGCAGCACAGAAGAGGCUGUGGUCACCGAUAAAGUUUUGGCUCGUUUUUUUAUGAAAAAGCUCAAAAAUGCAACAAAACGAGCUUAUUCGAAGGGAUUGCGAAAAAGUACACAGCACAAGUUCGAAUCUGUUUGAAUUCAUUGUUUUGUUGUAUAACAAUAAACUAUGUGAAUUUAUUAUUUCAAUGUAUGAAUUAAAGGAAUAAAAACAUAAAGAUCGGGUGUCCUGGUUUGUA